AUGCGGGUCCCCGAAUUCCAGCCGAUAAUCGUGCUAUCCACUACAAUAUUGUCGUUUGUGGUCAAUGGCAUACUGCUGUUCUUGAUCAUCUACCACACGAGGGAGCAGAUGAGGGUGUACUCGCGAUUUAUGCUCUCGUUUGCGUUAUUUAACACGAUCUACCCGUUGGUGUGCUUUUUCGUGGCGCCGAUCCUCUUCGCCUCCGGCAACGGCUUCAUGAUGUUCACCACCGGCAUCGUCACCUCCGUCCCAUUCUUGGCCUUUUUCGGCCUGUUGAUGUACGUGUCGGCGUACGCGCAGUCGUUGGCGCUGCUCUGCUUCCACUUCAUCUACCGAAUGCGCUUCCUGCGCGAGAUGGACCCGUGGGAGGUGUGGUGCUGGCUGAUCGGACUGUACUUGGCGAUGGCCUGCGGCUAUUGCCUGAACGCGUACGUCUUCUUGGUCGAAGACCCCGUCGUGCAGGCUCACUUCGAGAAGCCGUUCCGAGAAAAGUUUGAGGACAAUAUUUACUCGCUGAUGACGGCAAUCCUCGAGUCGUCCUCCUCGGAAAAGACGAAAAAGGCGCAGAUGGGCAUUUUUCGGGCGUUGAUUAUACAGACGCUUAUCCCGGUGGUUUUUGAAUACGUCCCGAGCGGAAUUAUUCUGCUUUUUCCAAUUUUUGGAAUCUCGUUGGAUACGACUUUCGUGACGAUAUCUUUCGGCAUCUACUCGUUCGUCGAGCCGCUGGCCAUGAUCUAUUUUGUGGCCGACUACCGUAACGCCACCCCUCUUCCCGACCUCAAUGGCCUUCAUCAGGCCGUCGAAGGCUCCUUCAUCAUCUACGAAACUUCCUGCAGGGCUCUGUCAACGGCCGAAGGCGCUUUUCAGACGGAAGUCCAAGCGCUGCGACCAGCAGAAGCCGUCGCUCUAGCCGACGAACAGACUCGACUGUUAUCGGCCCGAGCCUUCCAACAAGCUGUCGCGUAUGAAGGGAUCAACUUGCCGCUGCUGUUCGACGUGUACAACAACAUGUACACCACGCGUAUGAGGGAGCUGAACGAUGCAAUCACGGCGGCGAAAGAAGCCAAGGACAUCGCCGAGAAGAACUAUCAAAGCGAGCUGAAACGGCUGUCGAAGGGAAUCGUGGCUAUCCAGCAGCAUACGGCGUCGCGGGAAGACGGACUGAAGACCCGCAGCGGUCGACGCGGAACACCCGACAUCAGCCUCGCGCUCAAUUUUUUGGCAAGUUGU